AUGUCGGCCCCUCGCACCAAGCGCCAGUUCGCCGGCGCGGCCAGCGACCCGGCCCAGCGCCAGAUCACCUCCUUCUUCUCUCGCCAGACCUCGGACCAGGACGGCUCGCUGCCACAACUACAGCAACAGCCCUCCUCGCGGCCCGCCCUGCCGGCCAUGGUGCAGUCGAACCUCCUCAGCGUCGGCAUGCGCGUGCGCAAAUCGGUGGCCGAGGGCCACAAGAACGGCGUCGGCUGCGACUUCUCCAUGUGGUCGUCCGACGGGGCGCCCCAGAAGCCGCGGGCGGCGGUGCACCACAACCACAACCACCACCAUCACCACACUGCUCCCCAACAAGCACCGUCGUCAGUCCCUCCCCCUGUCCCAGCUACUACCGCUCCGCACCACCACGCCCACCAGCAGCGGCCGUUCGACCCGCGCUCCUCGUCCUACGUGCCCCUGCCGGGGACCUCGGCCACGCGCGAGCUGCUCCCCUUCUGCGGCAUCCACAACGUCGGCGGCCUGUCGGCCCAGCCCGACUUUGACCCGUCGGCGUCGGCGGCGGCGCUGCCGACGGCCGUCUUCGGCGGUCUCCCCUCGGUGCCCGAUGCCAGCGACGUGCCGGGCCUGUCGAGCAGCCAGGACUCGGUCGGGUCCACCGGCUCCUUCCUGUCCUCGGCGGCGGCGGCGGCGAGCAGCCGCAAGCGCACGUACGUCGACAACGACGACGACGACGAUUGCGGUAGCGACGACGAGGUGGUGAACGGACGGCAGGACAGGGCCGCCUGGCGCCGCCAGCCCGCCGCCCCCGCUGCUGACUGCGAGAUCAGCCUACUCGCCCAGGCGCCGUCGCCCGCCGCCCGCGUCUUCGCCGAGCCGCGCGCCCGCCAGUCGCGCGACCCCUGGUCGUCCGCCGCGCCGCUGCCGCCCAAGGGCGGGCGCGGUCAGCAGCAGGGCGCAGUGGCCGUGGCGGCCAGCGACUUCCCCGAGGCCGACUUUCUCGACUACGGGCAGUACUCGCCCGACCUGGACAUGGGUGGCGUCUAA